AUGGACGGCUUUGUAAACCGAAGUUUGGAUAAAAGGCGGAGGCUGAUCCACCUGCCUUGCAAGGUACACAAAGAGUUGCAGGACGGGUCAAAGUUGGCAAAAGACCUGAACGAGCUGCAUGAAGACCCAGAAACGACAGGCAAAGGUGGCGACCUUGGAAAACCCUAUGGUGAAGACUCUCAGGAGGAGGAAGGAGAAGAUUCAGCGGGGGUCAGGGCAGCCCUUGCCGCAUUAAGGUUCUACAAGUCAGCUAUUUCACCGUUGUUGCCUCCAUCUUGCCGCUACAUUCCCACUUGCUCAGAAUAUGCGAUGGAAUCGUACAAGACAUACGGUUGCGCCAAAGGCACAGUGCUCACAGCUUGGAGGUUGUCAAGAUGCAACCCAUUUGGUGGUAGGGGCUAUGAUCCCCCCCAGUGGCCACCGCCGGGGCUGGAAUGGAUUUUUAAGUGA